GAAGCUGAGUCACCCUUGCCUUAGUCCGACACUUCUCCGAUGGCCGACGUGGCGCCCCCUGUUGAUACUCCUGAGGUGCCUGUAGAUGGCGGAGGUGUGGACCCCGUCACUGUUCCGCAUGCCUCGCCAGAGCCUGAGGUCUGGUCCGACCAUUUGAACACGACCGACUAUUCGAUGCUGCUUGGACUCCCAUUGGGCUCGCUACUGGUGAUCCUGUUCGUACUACGUAUACUAUGGCGUCCAAAGUCGGGCCCCAAGUUCCGACUGCCGAAGCAGGUGCCAACCUACGGCAGUAUAGCGAUGGAUGACGACAGUUACGACUACGACGGUGACUCAAAUGAUCUCAUCUAUGCCGGACAAGUGGCUGGGCGCUAUGACACGCGCUGGACGCGCACUUUCGACUUCGUCUUCCUUGUUGGUAUGACACUGUUCGCUGCAGCACUCGCAGGCCUCACGACGUUUCUGGAACCCGAGCUAUGGAACAAUACGAGCUUCUGGUUUUUCCUGCUGCCCAAGGUACUCAUCAUGAUGGGCGUAUCCACACUUGGAGGCAUCAUCUGCCGCUUCUUCUGCAUCGUAGACGACGCUGGUUACGUUAUUACCGAGCGUAACUCGGUGUUCAAGGUCAACUACACGAGAAAAUUGCAGUUAUUGGCAGCCUAUUUAGUGCCGUUAUUGGUUAAACCGGACGAAGAGGCAUGCGCUGCGUGCAACGGACCACUAGCGUUAGCGUGGGGGGACUUUGUGACGCUCUUGUGUUUCUUGCUGCUCAUCAAGCCUAUCCGCGAGCGCUCCACGCUCUUCAUGCUGCAAUUUAACUCCCUGGAUCGACCUGAAGACCGACCGCAUACACUCAAGUGGAUCGUGGCUGGCAACGUGUUUCCUGGUCUCUUCGUGCUGCUGUUUUUCCGCUGGUUAUUUGCCCGUACGACGCAGUCCGAUCUCGUUUUCAUUCUCGUAUUCGUGACGAGCAUCGGUGAUGGACUUGCGGAACCGAUCGGUAUUGCCUUUGGCAAGCACAAAUACUCGACUAGCACGUGUUGCUCCAAGCGCAAAUACACGCGCAGUUUCGAAGGCUCAGCGUGUGUUUUCCUGUCCGGAAUUGUGUUCCCAGCUCUGCAAUACUCCGACUUUGAGACGCCGAUGCAGCUGUGGGUCACGAUGAUCAUCUUGCCGUUCGUAGUGGCUUAUGCAGAAGCCACCGCGCCACAUACGAUGGAUGCUCCUGUACUCAUGGCGGCCACGGGGCUUGUGCUCUACACUAUCAUCCACAUUUUUUGACCAUUAAGUCAGCAAAACCUACACAUGUAGCCAUCUGAGAACAGUAGCCAUCAGGAAAUAACGACGAACAGAGUUGGCGAUUUAUUAACAA